UUAUAUAUGCGACUUAUUGUUAUUAUCACCAGGAUAAGAAUUUUUUCGUAUUUUGGAGAAUGUCUCGACUAGAAAUAAGGCAGUUUUGUAAAGAGCUAGCGCCACUAGCUAUACAACCACUGGGCUGAUCCAAAUAUUUAUGCUUAGAAUGCAUAUUUUGACAAUCAAACUGAAUCAAAUUAUAAGGUACAAAAAUAGUUGUCAAUAAUCAUACUAAUCACAGGCACAUUGCGUGUCGCAUACACAUUUGCUCCAGAAAUAAUAACUUCAUCCACCAGCGGGGUGUGACAUAACGCCCGGCCAAACGGCGACAUUGCUGACCUGUCCCGCCAGUAUCAAACCAUCGCUAUCGUAAAGCAAACAUGUUCCGACGCUUAACGCACCCGACCUCCCCGAAGCAGCAAAACCAUCGUGACCGCGCGUGUGACUUCACCGUGAUGCCGCACGGCCUGUGGUUGCUCGAGCACUCUGGCCUGUGGGGUGAUCCCCGGCGUAAGCGUUCCUUCGCCCUAAUGCUGCUCGGCACGGUUCUGCUGUUGAUCGUACCGAAGAUUGCGCUCGGUACCGGGAGCGAUAGCUUCGACUCGAUCGCCCGCAGUACGGCCGAGUUCAUCUUCUGCUACAACAACUACCUCAUGAUGGCGAUCUUCGCCAUCCGGCGGCAACCGUUCGAGCAGCUGAUCGGCACCGUCCAGCUGCUGUUCGAUAAGCAACGAAAGUUCCAGACGACCGACUCCAGCCGAUACGUGGUGUACGUCAAUCGACAAAUAAUGCGCUACAGCCGGCUGUACAUCAUCGUGCAGGGCGUGUACUUCCUUAUUUUCAAUCUACUGCCCGCAAUUGUGACGUACAGUGCGUACUUCGCAUCGAGCGGCGACGGCGAGCCGGUCGAGUUUCUGCUGCCCGUCGAGUCCCGGUUCUUCUUUCUGGACAUACGGCACAGUAUCGUGCACUAUACCGUCUUCUCCCUGCUGGCCUGUCCAGCGUUUCUCUUUACCGCGUACCUGACGGUGGUCAAGGGAUUAGUCUUUAUCGGCAUCAUCGUUUACAACACGCUCCAGUAUCAGCUCGUGUCGCGAGGCGUCCGGGAGCUUAAAUCGCUUGACCCAGCCACGACCCAGUUUCGUCACCGGUUAACGGAAAUCAUUGACCAGCACGGAGCGGCCACCAGGUGCACGAAGCUGUUGGACAGUGUGCUCAACCUGAUGCUACUGGUACAGUUCACCAACACCGUACUGAUGUGUUGCCUGUUCCUGUUCUACAUAUCAAAGAAUUUCAACUCGGGUGCAGUCAACGUGCUGCUGCUGUUUCUAGCCCUUACGGUGGAGAAUCUAUGUUUCUCCUACUUCGGCAAUAGGCUGUCGACGGAGAAUACUUCCGUUGCCAGAGCGGUUUACAGCACAGAUUGGUACAACUAUCCACCCUGUUUGCAAAAACAGUUCCAACAGAUGAUCCGUCACGCCUACAUACCGCGUGGUAUUACGGUGGGAAAGUUUCAUUUCGUCGACAUGGCCUCAUUUGGACAACUGCUAAAAGCCAUAUUCUCGUACUAUCUCAUUUUAAAAGAGCUGUUCUAGGAAUUGAAAGCAACAAAUACUGUAAUUGUCCACUUAUCCUUACAUCCUUUAAACAAUUGAUAUAAUCGUAACUGUUAAGUGUUGUCAAACAGAAACCACUAAUCAUAACCCAUCGUCCGCGUGCAUAAUUAAUCGCGGCUUAGCGUAGAUGUUGUAGACCGAUUGUCAACAUAGCCACCCACUAUAUAAACAUAGGGCUUUCGGCAUGAUAAUUUUGUAGAAUUAUACACCAAGCACAGGAUACUCCGCCUCCCAUCUCCAAUACUUGACACAGGCUCGUCGCACUCAAUGCGAGAAUACGUUCUAAUAGAGCAAUUUUAGGUGCAAGUCAGUCAGUCAAUCAGACAGUCCUUGAA